AUGUCUGGCAUUGAGCCCCUCACCAACAAGACCCCUCUUAUCCAUCUGAAUAUCAAAGCCCUUGCUCACCGCUUCGAGUACACGCUCUCCCUACCUAGCUAUUGCGGACGGGAGCCUAGCUUGUCGCAUCGUAUCUCCCUCGUCCCGUUCCUCCUUGCCUAUCCUCUCGAAUGCGACUCCUGCUACUCCUCCCUUCACCAAGGAAUGAUGGACGUACACCUGGUGCCCGUCGGCGGACGGAGGAACUAUACAGGUUUCGUGACAAAAACGAUUGUAUACGCGGCUACGAUGUUUUUGUUUUUGGCAGCAUUUGCCCUGACGCUGGCGUCAAUAAUCCUGCCACGAUGGAUCAGUUCUCUGAAAGGAACGUCCGCCGGUGUCUCCUACGGCCUCCACUACCGUUGCUUCUCCAAAACCGCACCCAUCGCGACGACAACCUGCGUGCGCUUCCCUCAGUUCGACGACUGCACCGGUGACGACCGCCAGUUCUGCUCCAUGUGGCGCACCAUCGGGUUCCUCAUGUCGUUCGCCGUCGUGCUCGAGGGUAUGACGUUGAUGACGUAUAUUGUCAUCCUGACCGGGGGCAAGCAGAUGCGCGAGUCUGGAUGGCGUGUCCUCUCGCUGUUUCUUGUACUGGUCGCCCUGGUUCAGUGUGCUAGUAUGGCGCUGGUGUCGUACCUCAACGACAACGACGACCACUUCUAUCUCGGCUUCCGCCUCGAUGACUCCUUCAUCAUGUGCACCGUCAGCUGGUGUCUGGCGCUCUUCACGGCCGCGACGGUCGUUUUCGCCGCCCGCGUCUUACCCUCAGAAGGCGGUUAUGAGCUGAUAGCUGACCCUGAUGACUGA